UUGGCGAAAAGAAGCAACACAGCCUGCUAGAAUUCAGUACAGACAAUGGCAUCUCCAUCUCCAUUUUCAAUUACUUUUCUAUCUUUUAUAAUUCUAUUACUGGUUAUUGGUUCAGAUGCUGGAGGAAUUGCUAUCUACUGGGGUCAGAAUGGAAAUGAAGGCACUUUAGCAGAGACUUGUGGGACAGGGAACUAUGACUUUGUGAACAUAGCUUUUCUUUCAACAUUUGGAAAUGGCCAGACUCCCAUGAUCAACCUUGCUGGUCACUGUGAUCCAUACAGUAAUGGCUGCACUAGCUUAAGCUCAGACAUAAACUCAUGUCAAGCAAAAGGCAUCAAGGUGAUGCUUUCUCUUGGAGGGGCAGCAGGCAGCUACUACCUUGCAUCCUCAGAGGAUGCUAGGCAAGUAGCAGCUUAUCUAUGGGACAAUUUCCUGGGAGGAAAGUCAUCUUCUCGUCCUCUUGGAGAGGCGGUUUUGGAUGGAAUCGACUUUGAUAUUGAAGGAGGGACAAACCAACAUUGGGAUGAACUUGCCCAGUACCUUUCUGGAUAUAGCAAGAAGGGCAAGAAAGUGUACUUAACUGCAGCUCCCCAGUGUCCAUUCCCUGAUGCUUGGGUGGGAGGUGCCCUUAUGACCAGCCUUUUUGACUAUGUUUGGGUUCAAUUCUACAACAACCCCCCUUGCCAGUACUCUUCAGGCAACAUUGACAACCUCAAAGAUGCAUGGAAACAGUGGAAUUCUGAUAUCCCAGCCACGAAGAUCUUCCUAGGCCUGCCUGCAGCUCCUGAGGCAGCAGGAAGUGGCUUCAUUCCAGUAGAUGAUCUCAAAUCAACUGUGCUUCCAGCCAUCAAGGGUUCUUCCAAGUAUGGAGGAGUUAUGCUGUGGUCCAAGUACUAUGAUGACCAAACUGGAUAUAGCUCUUCCAUCAAAAGCCAUGUCUAAAACUAAUCAGUAAGAAGAGUCCCGUACGCUACAUGUGAAUAAGUUUCUUAAUGAAGGGUCUCUGUAUGACUAUCUUCUAUAAGUAAUCUAUCUGUAUGUGUAAUAUGUGUUGCUAUCGUGUAUAAAAUACAUGCAGAUUUGUGUAUUCUCCA